AUGCGUGUCUUCAAUUCCCCGGUCAUCGCCUGGAUCAACUUGUCCUUGGCCUUGCACUUGUCUUGGAGGUUGUUCAAUGCCAACUUCAACCCCGACAUCGUCUGCCCGAACGCCGAGGCCUGUUUGACCAACGGAUUUGCCCCACCGCCAACUCCUUGGGUCGCCGUCAUCUGCACACAUCAAUUCAUCAAUUUUGCCAGUGGCAACUCAUCAGGAUACCAAAGAAUAAGAUUGUUGCGAGCCCAAACUAUUUUGCCGCUUGAGAAAUGUGGCAAUAAUACGAAUGAAUGCAGUACAUUUUAUUGCGUUCGUAAGUGCCCACCCUCUUUGAAGGGUAUAAUGCCGAAGCUUGGUUUCUUUUGCCGUCAAGAGAUUUCUCACAGAUGCACGUGUAGCAAUCGCAUUCAAGAGGAUGUUGAGAUGCUUGACGAUACUGGGAAGAAGAGACCUACACUGGACAGAAUGUUCGCUUCGACGUCACAAAGAAAUGAUGAUGGUUUGCGGGCGUCUUACAAUAUCUCGUUACUUAUAGCAAAAUCCGGAAAACCGCAUACUAUCGGAGAGAAGUUAAUUUUGACAGCCGUUGAAGAGGUUUUAAAAACUGUUUUACACAAACCUGCAUCUGAUAUCAUUAAAAGAAUUCCCUUAAGCAAUAAUACUGUUGAAAGACGUAUUGAUGAAGUGAGUUCUGAUAUUGAAAGCUUCUUAUGUAAUUAUUUGCAAACGACCCAUUUCUCUAUACAACUGGACGAGUCAACUUUACCUGAUAAUGCAGCAUUAUUAUUGGCAUAUGUUCGUUUUAUUAUGAAUCAAGAAAUCUACGAAGAACUGCUCUUCGCAAGAACUUUGAUAACCGACACUAAAGCUGAAUCAAUAUUUCAUGUUUUGAAGGAUUACUUAAUUGAAAAAGCAAUUCCUUUAUCAAAUAUAAUAUCAGUAGCUACAGAUGGAGCACCUGCCAUGGUGUUGACGGCACAAAGUGAUAGAUAUACAAGAUAG